AUGCAGGCAUCCAUGGAUCAUGCAGUGAAUGUUCCACAAUUGAAGGAUGUAACCAAGUGGAUCUGUGCAGGACACUCGAUGGGUGGCAGGGUAGCAUGCUCAGUGGCCAGUGAGCGCCCAGACCGUGUCUUGGCCUGCAUACUCUUUUCCUACCCACUUCACCCUCCAGGCAAAUUGGAAGAGCUGCGAGAUGAUCCCUUAUGCAAAUUGAAGACACCCCUGCUGUUCGUAAGGGGCACCAAGGACGCAUUCUGUGCAAACAGGCCUUGGGAGCUGGUGGUCCCUCGGAUGAAUACAAAAAGACUGGUGGUGAGUUGUGCAGUGAAUUAA